AGUCUGUGGAAAUACAUUCUCUACCAAGAAAGAUCUGAAACGACAUCAGCUUGUUCAUGCAGUGGAGAGACCGUUCAAGUGUCUGACUUGUGACAAGGGUUUCACAUCAAGGAAACUGCUUAUCGAGCACGAGAGAAUCCACACCGGUGAAAAACCAUACAGCUGUGCUGUAUGUGGAAAGAGUUACAGACAGCAUGGUGGCCUAAAUAUUCAUAUGCGAACACAUACAGGUGUACGGCCGCACUCAUGUUCAGAGUGUGGUAAGGGUUUUAUGACAAGCAGCAGCCUCAAAAACCACAUGGUUGUUCAUACAGGGGAGAAGGCAUUUAAAUGUGAGACAUGUGGAGCUGCUUUCGGCCAUAAAGCAAACCUUCAGAGACACCAAGUUCUUCACACAGGGGAGAGACCGUACAAAUGUAAAGUGUGUGGGAAAAGCUACCUUCAGUCCACUGACCUAAAAGCUCACAUGCAUAGUCAUGGGGCAACCAAACCAUUUAUGUGUGACCUAUGUGGAAAGACUUUUAUGUACAAUUUUCAAAUGAGACGACACAAUCUAAAAUGGCACACAGCUGAAGGAGAGAAGCAGAGGGAACGACAGAGAAGAGAGAGAACGAGAGAGAGAACCGCCAAGAGAGCGGGAACCUCAACAAAGCCAUUCAGUUGCGACAUAUGUUUGAACGGCUUCAGCUCCAUGUUAACUCUGAAAAACCAUCAACGAAGUCACACAGGACUAAAGCAAUACUCUUGUUCCAUUUGCGGAAAGAACUUUGCCUAUAAAAAUACUUUGGACUAUCACAUGAGACUUCACAGUGGAGUGAAGCCCUACACUUGUAAAUACUGUGAAAAGAAAUUUGUUCUUAAGCAAGCUCUCGAAGGACAUGAGCGAACCCAUACAGGUGAAAAGCCCUUCAAAUGCAGUUAUUGUGACAAGACUUUCUCAGUCAACACCAAUCUCAAAAGGCAUGAGCGAGUCCACACGGGAGAGAAGCCAUUCAAAUGUGACGUCUGCGGGAGAGGUUUCAGCCAAGCCAACAAUGUCAAAGCCCACAUGCAGGUCCACACCGGAGUUAGGCCUUAUUAUUGCAAGAGAUGUGGAAAGGGCUUUUCUGACAUAAGACACUACAAAAACCAUAGCUGUAAUGGUGUGGCAGCAACACGUGAUCGGUCUCGUAAAUCUUCUGACCGCUCUUUCAGAAAUAAGAAAGGAGGUGAAGACAGCAGUGCUUGCCUUAAUGCUGCUGUGAUGUAGACUCAGUGAUAUAAUCUCUAUCAUUCACAGUGGGGCAACUUCCUGCUUUCAGACAUCAGGAACAACAGGGAUGUAUCUGUAGGGUUAAAAGUUCUGGGAUGGGUUUCUGGAAAGCCUCGUAGGAAAUGAAUGUGUCCUUUAGAUGAGUGCCUGCUGUAAUGCUUGGAGAUAUUGCUGUAAGUCUUAGGGUCAAUGUUCAUGAGGCCAAAUUCCUCAUGAAGACAUGACUGUUUUUCUGACAGUGUACUGAAUUGCUUAAGAUUUUAUUUUACACUAUUGUGUAAAUCAUUAAACACCUAUUUCAUGUGAAAAUA